AUGCAACUCGCGGCCCUGUUAACAUUACUGCUCAUUCGCGCCGCAUCGCUCGGUUUUAUUUUUGCCACAGGUGCGGAGGGGUGGCUGUGUAAAGGUUCCAGUUGCCACUGGGGCGAGUGGAGUCCAUGGUCAUCAUGUACAGCAACCUGUGGUGGUGGCUACAGACAGAGGGAACGGGUUAAUGAGGCACGAGGAUGUUUCACCUCGGGACGUUGUCUUUGUAACUCUAACGACUGUUUGGACUCCGAAUCUUGUGGCAAAACGUGUUUCAACAGCGGAACGUAUGUUGAAUACAGUACAAAUGAGACCUUCUGCAAUUGCAGGGAUGGGACCACUGGAACGUGUUGCGAAACAAUUGUUACAUGUGGACGGCCUAGUGAGAUUUCCUACGGGAGUUUUACCGGGAGCAACUUCGAGUACGGAAGCCAUGUUGAGUACAGGUGUUACCAAGGAUACAACAUGACCGAACAGACCUCGGCAAAACGCACAUGCACGAACUAUGGAGUUUGGUCAGGAGAACUGCCACAGUGUUUGUUUGUUACAUGUGGACGGCCUAGUGAGAUUUCCUACGGGAAUUUUACCGGGAGCAACUUCGAGUACGGAAGCCAUGUUGAGUACAGGUGUUACCAAGGAUACAACAUGACCGAACAGACCUCGGCAAAACGCACAUGCACGAACUAUGGAGUUUGGUCAGGAGAACUGCCACAGUGUUUGUAUGCAGAGUCAUGUAGUAGGACCCCCUGUCAAAACAACAGCACCUGUGUAAACAUGCUUGGUGACUAUGAAUGCAUUUGUGAAACCGGGUGGACUGGAAAGAACUGCGAAAUAGAUAUACAACCCCCUGUAAUGCAGGGUUGCGAAGCCGAUCGAGAAGUGUUCGUGUCAAAUAUGACAAGCGUUCAAACAUGGGGAGUCCCAGUCUUUCUUGAUCCGCAUGGAUUUGAAGUUGUUGUCACCAGCAACUACCGGAGCAACUCCUUCGAGUUUCCAUGGGGUGUGCACACAGUGCAGUAUGCGGCUGUGAAAUCUUCGAAUGGUUUGACGGCUGAAUGCACUUUCAAUAUCCGCAUCAAACCUCACCCUUGCAAACAACUGCCCUCGAUUUCCAACGGUGUCUUAGUAUGCAAUGGCUGGGAAACAGAAUACACGAACAUCUGCAAGUAUUAUUGCCUCACUAACUACACUUACCCAGUCGGACUAUCGAAAGACACAGCGUUUGUUUGCGGGGCCAGUGGAAACUGGCUUCCUUUUGCGACAGUUGGCAGUUGCAUUCUUUCAGAUAUUGCCUUUGAAAACAACGGGCAUACCUUUGAGGGCUGCCACAACGAGACGGACACAUAUAAUAUAGGGACCACCUAUAUAACCGAACUGAAUAACACGGCAUUCUAUUCUCUUUGUCAGAACUAUCCGGAAAAGUGUUUGCCAAAAAACGUGAAUAUUGUAUGUUGAACACUAUGCGGAGUUUGUCACAAUCGGAAAUGUGUCAGAAUAUUGUAUUAUGUCGCAUAAAAGAUCAUAUCUCACCUCCUACAAAAAUGACCUAAUCCUAUUGGCUCAGAACGGUAACGUGUCUAUGGUGUAUAUCCAUAUACCCCGAGUAAUUUCCAUACUUCCCGAGUAAUCGAGUAGUCGGUUGAGAUAUAAUCGUUACACAGUAAUUAACUGAUGGUGUAUGGGAUAUACAUCCUCAGUACUUUGUAUAUCCCAUACACCAUCAGUUACUAACAGUGUAUCAAAUAAUAUCUGACAAAUUAUCUUUAUGAGUAAUCAAUUGAUGCUUUGAACAUUUGUUUUAAUGAAUACUUUGUUUGCUGUGUUUGCUGUAAAUAAAGCAAAUUUAUUUUAUGCAUGAGUUGUAUGACUUAAUAUGCUUAAACGUUAAACGCAGCAUACGUUAUUAAAAAUGACCGCUGUGCUUAAUUGAUUGUAUUUAGGAAUAAUUAGACAUACACGAGUAUAGAUUGAGAAGUUCAAAAGACAUAAACCAAGCUCGCACCAAAAGAGUACAUCUUGAAAGGGAAUGAGCAAUUACACGACAAAACCUGUAUAAGUGACCAAA